ACAGAUUUUAGGGUUUCCUCCAAAAGAAUAACAAAGGCUAAAAGCGUAAAUUCAAAACACAAAACUUCCCUCUCUUCCCCUCCUCAAUAAAACCACUUCUCUUUCUUUUAUAUCCUUUACCCAUCGGCCGCCACCUAAGAAACCCUAAUCCCCAAAGCCCUGAAAAAGAAACCCAGAAGCCGAAAUGGGUCGUGUAAUCCGUGCCCAACGUAAGGGUGCAGGCUCCGUUUUCAAAUCCCACACCCACCACCGCAAAGGCCCCGCCCGGUUCCGGUCCCUAGACUUCGGCGAGCGCAAUGGGUACCUAAAAGGAGUGGUGACCGACAUCAUCCAUGAUCCGGGUCGUGGAGCUCCGCUUGCAAAGGUAACAUUUAGGCAUCCAUUUAGGUACAAGCACCAGAAAGAGCUGUUUGUUGCAGCAGAAGGGAUGUACACAGGUCAGUUUGUGUACUGUGGAAAGAAGGCAAAUUUGAUGGUGGGAAAUGUGUUGCCUCUUAGAUCAAUACCAGAAGGAGCUGUUGUUUGUAAUGUGGAACAUCAUGUUGGCGACAGAGGUUCUUUUGCUAGAUGUUCUGGUGAUUAUGCUAUUGUUAUUAGUCAUAAUCCUGAUAAUGGAACUACCAGGAUUAAGCUUCCUUCUGGAGCCAAAAAGAUUGUACCAAGUGGCUGCCGAGCUAUGGUUGGUCAAGUUGCAGGUGGAGGGAGAACUGAGAAGCCUAUGUUGAAGGCAGGAAACGCAUAUCACAAAUACAGAGUGAAGAGGAACUGCUGGCCCAAGGUUCGUGGUGUUGCUAUGAAUCCUGUGGAGCAUCCCCAUGGUGGUGGUAAUCACCAGCAUAUUGGACAUGCCAGUACUGUUCGGCGAGAUGCUCCUCCUGGACAAAAAGUUGGUCUCAUUGCUGCAAGGAGGACUGGUCGUCUCCGUGGACAAGCUGCUGCUACUGCUGCAAAAGCUGACAAGGGUGCAUAAAUUACUAGCUGAACUUCUAUUCUGGGGUGUCGUAAGUUUAGAAAGUUUUGCAGUUGCAACAUUUCAAGUUCUGUUAUCCUCGGGAUAUAUUACUUUGGAUAGUUUUCUUUUAUCUGGUGAAGGACUUCAGCACAUAUUCCAUUUUUGUUAGAAAUUCAGUACUUGAUUUGGUUCA